AUGGUCCAGCUCGGACCAGUUGGCUUGGAUGGGAGCGUGUAUGUGGCCGGCCCGGGGCCCCAGCUGCGCAACGGACUGAACCGUGGCGAUUUGGAGAAUGAAGACAGGCUCACCAUUGGAGAGGGCGAUGUCAAGAAGAUGGAUGUGCUUGGGAAGAGGGUCAAGUCAAUGGCAACGACCCACCAUGGGGAACUGGAAAUUGUGGAUCUUCACUUGCACAACACCCUCGAAGAUUCCCCGGAAGCACGUUUGCCAAAGCUAACUGGCGAGACCCUUUCCUUUGACAGCACGGCCUUUGGAAAGAAGGUGUCUGUUUCGGAGGUUUACUUCCUCGUCGGCGCGAGGGUUUUUGUGGAUGUCAGGGGGAUCAGAUGUGUUCGUUUCCCACCGAUCACGGAGAACACCUCUUCAAUCCUCCUGCCGAACAGAGAAGACCUGGUGGUUACAGUCAUGGAAGUCUGCUGUGGCGGCUUCAGUGCAUGGAGCAGAGCCUGUCAUAUGCUGCCAGCUGAGUCGGUGCUCAAGAUCGACAACGAGGGCAUGGCAGUUUCCUCAACUUUGCUCAAUGACCCCAGGGCGAUCCUCUUUGCAAAUGAAGAAGGGCAGCACUCCUUCAACACCUUCUGGGGUGAGCUUGUGGAUCUACGAUGGACAGCCGGCCUGCAUGGUACGGACACGGAGAUUAUGUGCUGCUCCCUGCCCUGCCAGGCCUUUGCAGCCUCUACGAAUGCACCUGGGUUUCAAGAUGUCAAGAACACGGUUGCAUGGUUCCAGUUCUUCCUGGUGGCCCGGUUCCUGCAACGACGUGCUAUUAUCUUGGAAACCCUCCCUGGCUUUGCGAGGCACAAAGACUACAAGCUCGUGGUGGAACUCCUGAAAUGGGCUGGAUACAAAGUAGUCUGGGCUGGCUUCCUGGACAGCCAUGGCAUGGUCCCAGCUGAGAGACAGAGGUUCUUUGUCAUCGCUUGGAACAAUGCAGACAUGCCCUCUGCUGGCACACCUUUCAGGAUGAUGAAGAUCAAUGACAGGGAUCCUAUUCCUUGCCGAAACAGCCUGUGGGACAUGAUGCCGGCCGAGGUUCUCAGCACAGUCAAGUUGAGCGACAAGGAGAUCUCUCUGGUGAGUAGCAGGGAACUCCUCCCUUGGUACCUCAAGGAGCGAGUGGGAUCCCCGAUCCACAUCAGGAUGGUGGACAAGGCCAAGCCCCUCCCCAUUGUCCAUAUGAACUUCCGCCAUUGCUUCGACCAAUCUUGGAUGGUGCUGAAGAAGAAGGGCAUCCAUAUCCCUCUACUUUACCAAGGUGGCGAUGUGAGGACACUCAGCACAUGGGAACUUGCACGAGCCUUCGGCUUCCCCCAGCAGACAAUCCUCCCUGACAAUGAGGAAGAUGCUUCCACACUCCUUGGACAAUGCCUUCUCCCAUGCCAGGCUUUGGUGGUGCUUGCUUCGACAAUCGCCCACAGGCAGGAGGACAUGAUCCAGGCAGAUGCCCUGGACAGAUAUUUGGAAGCUGCCCUCACCGAAUGGGAAGAAGGAUGGAGACCCUUUCAGGACCUCUACCCCAUCAACAAGAAUGGGUGGUCAAUGCUAAUCCCCAGGGGAGACGAGAAUGAAAUGGGACCAAGAGGUACUCUGGCAAUGCGAUUGGCCGGCCUCAAGGUGAACGUGGACUUCCUCAUGUACGGCAGAAGCCAGGGCAGACAGCCACCCUUCUACCCGGAAUCAACAAGGGUACUCAAUGAGGAGCUCAACGACACCUUGGAGAGCAACCCCAGCACACACCGCCUCUACCAGGUCGAAAGGGGAUACCAUGACAUCAUCCUGGACGAGCAGGACACGAUCUCCGAGGUCACCAAGAAGAUUGCUGAUUUUCUGCAGGUGCCACAGAAUGCCCUUGCUAUCUCCAGACUGACAAACCCCGACCGGGACACGAACAAUUGGGUUUUGGUUGGGGGGAUCCCGGAUGCCUCCCAUGACAAGGUCCUGGUUCUUGUGGACCCCGCCAUCCCGGCUGCAUGGUGGAUGCCGAGCGAAAUUACCAAAAAGGACCUCAAGUGCACCUAUGCAGAUCACCACUCGGCCCUGCCCAACCUGGUCACGAUCAACGACUGCGAGAUUCAUACGUGGCCGGCCUGCAUCCAGUCUGGUGAUUUCAUCAAGCUUCGGUGGGACCACCACUCAGAAGGUCAGGCCUGGAAGGAGCUGGAUAUCUUCAAGCAGUUUGACCAGGUUGCCCUGGAACCUCCAGCCUCCCCUGACGAAGGAGGAGAAAGCAGCCCAGGAGGCCCAGAUGAAGACCCACCGGUGGAUGGCGCCCCCCCGGCGACGGCUGACACAUCGGAAUCGGACAGGGAACCUACAGGAGAUCCUGCUACUGAAGCACCACCGGCAACCCUCCAUGAAAGCAGCCAUGAGGUCCCACCGACGGAACCUUAUGAGGUGGACUCGCAGGAGAUCGUCCGUGGAAUGCCCUUUCAUGAUGCUCCGGAUCCCAAGAGGCUAUGCACCCAAGAGAGCAGAGAUUUGCAACGAAUGGUUGGUGAACAAAAUGUGCCCGCCACCAUCAACUACAAUGCCAUCACCAGCCAGCCGGCGGUCUCCUCAGCCUUCUACCUGCACUUCCAGCACCAGAUUGUUUCGAUCUGCAAUAUGGACGAGAGGACCUUGGAACGAGUCAUCCAGGAUGAAUGGGGCAUGUUGCCACACAUGGCCUAUUUCACAGUGGGAACCAAGGUCCUUGGGCCACAUACCACCUGCAACCAGAUUGCAGUCGGGGCUUCUGUGGUUGUAAGAGGCCGACUCAGAGGAGGGACAGGCCAAGCCAUGAGCAAGCUUCGGACCAUUCUGGCGGCGAAAGGAGUACCUGAGGACCAGCUUGACAGCCGGGUGCAGGAGAUCAAGGCCCAGAUCGGUGACAAGGGAAUCAAGGAGGCCUAUGCCUCUUUCGACCCAUGGGCCCAACUCAAGGCGAAGUGCCCCACAAGGAUUAUCAGGGAGUCCGAGCUCAAGCACAAGCCCAAGAAUAAGGAAGUCCAAGACGACCACGAGGACCCCCUCCAAGUCUCUGACCCAUGGUCCCAGGCACUUAAGGAGAGAGGAGCAUGGAAACUGGACAACACCUUCUUCAAGCUCCAGGAUGGCAACCACCCACAGUCCCUGGACAAGCUGGAGCCAAUGUCAGACUCAGAACUGGCUGCCCUGGUUAUUGGUGGCAAACUCACAUCCAGCUCCCGUUUCCAGAUCAAGAACAUCGAGACCCCCUGCAAGAACAAGGAUGGAGUGAGGAUCUUGGUCCGAGCACAGUUGGUAAACUUUGGAACCAAGUCCAUCACUCUGGCAGAUGAAGCAUCGGUUGUUACAGUGGAUGAGAUCGAUGCUUCUGUCCUCUCCUGUGAACUUGUCCACGAGGAGAUGGAGGCAUGGGAGGAUGCAGUGGAUGGUGUUGUUCGCUAUCUGAAGGCCAACGUGACGGGCUUGGAACGAGGCCUAAUUGGUACAUGGGGCCGCAGAUUUUUCUACAAGUCAAAGCCCACCAUGGAUGCCAAAAAUGCCCAGACAUGCUUCCUUAUGGUUCGUGUCAAGCGGGAGUUUGUGGAGCAGAUCUUGAAACAGGUCGUGCAGGGUGUCUACUUUUCGCCCCGCCGAGAUGAUGGGGCCCUGGAUACCACCUACAAAGUCAUUUGGUUCCCGGAAACAUCCUUUGAAGAGCUGCUGGUCAGAGCCAGCUCAGAGGCUUGCUGCUAUGGCUUGGUCAGGAACAAGUCUGGCUACGGACUCAGAGUCCAAUCCACUGAGUUCACAAAGCUCAGACAGAAGUGGCCACCAAGCUGGGCCCCCAUUGAGGACACCCCCUACAACAUCAAGGUGCAGCUCUACUUCGACGUCCAGAACCUGCCCCUCAACUGUACCAAGACAGAGGUGCAAAAGUUUGUCAACAGACUGGGUUGGAAGGCCCUUGUCCUCCGACAGACAAAGCCUCAAACUUGGACUGUAGGGGCUGAAACUGCACCGGAGAAGUUGGUUCACCUGACCUCCCAUGGCACGGUUCUGAUCUCCGAGAAGACAGCCAAGGGAAAGGGCAAAGGCAAAGUUGCUGGCAAAGGGAGAGAUGGUAAAGGAAGUAUGCCAUGGUGGGUGGCAGGAAGUUCGGUCACUCCGGGAGCGCUCCUGGGACCCCAACAUCCUGGUCCCCCCCAACACAAUGUGGUGGCAGACCAGGAAGCCACUGAGAUUGAGGACCGGCUGCAGAAGAAAUUGGACAUGUUUCAUCAAGAGCAGAUGGCUUCCCAAAAGAUCUUGAGGCAGGACUUCAUGCAGUUCAAGCAGACUGUUGAAGCAAAGCAGGCGGACCAGGACCGGAUCAACAGCGAGGUGAGCCAGGGCAUCCUCGGCCUCAAGUCCUCCCUCUCCAUGGAACUGGGCCAGCAUGUCCAGAACAUUACGGAUGCCAUCAAGUCGCAACGGUCGGAGAUUAUGUCCAACCUCACCAAUUCGCAGAUCUCCUUGAAGGAAGAGUUGAUGGGUGAAAUGAGGACACAGAUGGGCCCUUCAAGGCCUCUUUUAAUUCAUCUGGAGGAUUAUCUGGAUGGUAGUGGAUGCAAGCUGGACAACAACAACCGUUCUGGCUGGCAAUGCUUCACCGAGGACUUCGUGGAUGAAGGCAGACAAGCUGGAAAGAGGAGUCAAUGGUGUAAUUCGUGGAAUUCAUUUAUUUUCUGGGAAGCCCAACAUUGUGGUGACAUUUUGUCCCCACCACCACCAUGGAACAUUGGACAGCGUAUUGGAGAAGCCAAGAACCCUGGGCCACGUCCUUUCACGAUUUCCGGAAUCAACGUGCAGUCCUUGAAUGCUUUCUGUGACGAUGGUCGCUUGAUUUCCAGACAUGCGGAUGUAUUGAUUUUCAGUGAGACGGCUGCGACCACAUUUGUUCAGCAGAAGGCCAAGAAGCUAGCCCAGAUGGCGGGAUACCACUUCACAGGAAGCCACCCAGUCCCGAAGAGGUGUUUUACUGAUGCCAGGAAUUGUGUUACCAAAGGCCAGGCCAGGGGAACUGCCAUUGCUUCGUCCCUACCGGUUAGAAGGCCUUUCUCUGAGUGGCCCCUUGACCUAUGGGAAUCUUCGAGAGUGUGUGAUUCCUACAUCCUCACUCCAUCGGGCCCGGUGCUCAUCAUUGCCGUAUAUGGACUACAUCAGGGACUGGAACACCACUUGGAAACCAACGAGGCCCUUCUUCGACAGGCAGCUCUCCGGGCAUCCUUGGUUCAGUGCCCGGCAGUCAUUGUGGGAGAUAUCAACUGUGCCAUUGAAGAUUUGACAGCUUGGCAAGCCAUGCAAGACAAUGGUUGGAUGGAUGCAGCUAUUUGCCAGCACAACAUGGAUGGCAAGCCAGUGGAACCCACCUACAAGAAUACCUCCAGACUGGAUUAUGUUUUGCUGAACCCGCUGGCCCGUAUUGCCUUCAGGAAUUUCUACUUGUCGGAGCAGGAUGAGACCGACCACAGAUCGGUCAAUGCUUCCUUUGAUUGGGGACUUAUUCCGACGACCUGCUGGACUUUCAGAACACCCACUGACAUGAAGCAGCUCAAACUUGCACCGGCUGAGAUGGAACAAUCAUUCAUUCCGGGAUCCACUCUGCAAAAGUUGGAUAUGGCGAUCAAGAACCAGAAUGUGGAAGAAGCCUGGACCCUCUUUUGUGGAGCCUAUGAGAAUGCCAUUGACUAUGUCCUUGCAAACAAAGGUGCCAACCCUCUUGGCAGAGCUUUCAGGGGCAGAGGCCAGACGGUUUUUGCCAAAAAGGAUACAGUGGCGAAAGCAAUGGUGGCUUCUGCGAGGAAUGGGGAGUUCCAGCCCAGUGGUGAUGAAGAUUCCAUCAUGCUCAGACAGAGGUUGGGAAGUCAGAAUGGAACCUAUGCUAUCCAAAGAUCUAGCGACGAAACAUGGAAUGCGAUCUGCCAUGCACCAGGUUUCCAGCCUUCGUUCCAGGUGUGGUGGACCCAGAACCACACAGAUUGGUUCCCAGUGGCACCACCUCCUACCCGGAUGGCGAAAUUUAUGCGAGAUGAACUAGUCAAGGAUGAAGCUCACUGGAGAAAUGUGCAUAGGUCGAAUAAGGCUAGGCAUGUGUCUGCUGUGUUUGAUGAAAAUUGGAAGCAGGGUGGUGCCAAGUUUUAUAAAGCCAUUCGCCCACCGGGUAUGCCACGUGUUGACUCUUUGAAUGUGGUAUCUGACCACAGGAUCCAGGCUCGGAGAUCGCGCCGAAAAGGUUGUCAGAUUUGCUCCAUGCUUGAUGACGAGUUGCAGCUGGUCAAAGUUGGUGUUGUAUGGAAGCAGGGCAAGGCCUCGGCAUAUGUCACUUCAAUCAGGGAUGGAAAAGUUUUCCUCAAACCCAUCAAAGGCUGUUUUGUUACUGGAACUAUCACACAGUGUCGCCCUUCGGCAAACCCUCUUGAAAUCCUCCAAUCAGCUGAAGACUAUUGGUCGGACUAUUGGAACAACUACAAGGAUGUGGAGGUGUCUUCUUCACAGGUUCAGGAUGCUAUUUCUUCUUUGCCACAGCUGGAACAGAUGCAAUUUUCAUUUACGGACAUGGACCUGCAAUGGGCUCUUUCGGCAUUACCUAUGAACAAGGCAAGAGGAAUGGAUGGCUUUUCCAACUAUGAGGUCAAACACCUACCUCUUCUACUCCGGCCAUACUUGGUUCGCCUCUUCAACCUCUUUGCUCAAGGACACUGGCCGGACAACCUUUGCAAAGCGAGGAUGGCACUCCUUUACAAAACACAAGAGGUGGGGGGAAUAUCAUCAACGAGACCCAUUACUAUCUUGGCCACUGUGUACCGUAUUUGGGCCAAGAUUGCUACAAGGAAAAUGAUGCAACAUAUUCUCCCUUCACUUCCUGAGACCCUCUUUGGGUCAGUUCCAGGGAGAUCGGCUGCUGAUAUGACCUCCAGAGUACAACUACAACUUGAAAAGUGCCUCCUCCAAGAUGAAGAAAUCGCUGGGAUCUCACUGGACUUCUCCAAGGCUUACAAUACUCUUCCUCGCGAAUACCUCCAGAAACUCAACGACAGAUUGGGACUCUCUGGACUGUGGCAAACCUAUUCCUCUUUCCUGGGUGGAUUACAACGUUUCUUCACCUGUGGUCACCACUGGGGUAAGGCUAUCAAAUCGAAAGUGGGUGUCCCUGAGGGUUGUCCUAUUGCAGUGGUGCAGAUGAUCAUUCUUACAUGGAGCUUCACCAAUUUGGUCAAAGGCAACACUGGUGUGCCGAUGCACACCUAUGUAGACGACUGGAUGUUGCUAUCCAAGAACAUUCUUCUCCUCAAGGAUUCGGUCCUGGCCAUUGAUGCCCUGGCUCAGAAACUGGGUCUUAUACUUUCUCUGCAGAAGUCUUCGGUUUUUGCAACCUCCACCAAACUGGUUCGGCAAGCCCUGGGGCUUUUUGCACACCACGGCAUCAAGGUUGGACAAUCCAAGAACAUGGCUGGACUUGGGAUCAACUUCCAAACGGCAAAGGUGGCCUCACUUGAUGUUCGUAACCAUCGGUGGAUACAGGCGAAAACUAUUCUGGACAGACUCCAAUACAUGCCUUGGUCUGUACAGAAGAAAACAGAUAUUAUUUGCAGAGCGGUCAUGCCAUUGGUGUUCUAUGGAGUUGAACAUGUGUUUACUGGCAAGGACUUUCUCCGGGAAGUAAGGGCGAAGUUCAAUCACACUGUUUGGGGAAAGAAGCAAUACCAUAUCCAUUAUCUGGCACCGGUCUUUUCUGGAACUUGCUAUGAGCCACUCAUCUAUUCUGCAAAGAGACGUUUUCGUGCAAUGUUGAGGAGCCUGGUGACUAACCAACAACAGGUCAUGGAUAACUGGCUCCUGUCGUGCAGAACGGGAAGCUACUUCAAACGAAAGACCAGAGGAGCAGUUUCCAUUUUCCAAAACCAGCUUCAUGGAUUGGGAUGGGCCUUCAUGGAAGAUGGUACGUGCACCACGCCCAGAGGAUGGACUUUCAAGAUAUGGGAUAUCACGACCAGCCGGUUUGAUGAUGCAUUGCAGGUUUCAUGGGAAGAUACACUGUUGCAAUUUCUUCGCCCAAAACAGAACCUUGAUGACCUCUCUUCAAUCUCACUUUUGAGGAGCCAAUUCCCACGGAGUAAGGACCCUUUGCUUGAAGGCUUUAUGAAGAAGGUUCGUCUAGGUGGCAUGUUCCCCAACAAGCGUCUGUGCCAUUGGAAACAGGAGGUGGACGAGAGAUGCGACUACUGCGGCCAAUUGGACACCAUGUAUCAUCGUGUUUUCCACUGCCCAGCAACGGAGCAUCACCGAACAGGAAAAGACUGGGAAUACCAUCAGGCACUUGAUGCUUUGGAUGGACCGGAUGUUACACAGAUCCAUAACCCCGAUGACCAGACACUCCACUUCUUUACUGAUGGUUCUGCGGUCUUUUCUGAGUGCCCUAUCAGACGCUUGUGCUCAUGGGCGGUCACGCUGGCCACGCCCCACAGCCAUGAGAAUACUCCUAUUCACCUGGGUGUCCUUCCGGGCCGGAAACAAACUGUCUUCCGUGCUGAACUCUUUGCGGUCAACACGGCCAUUGCCUCGGCUUUAAACCUCAAAGUUUUCUGUGACAACGAGUCGGUCGUCAGGGAUGUUAACGAUAUCCUGCACUUCGGAUACAGAGCACACAAAUGGAACACACACCCUGACCGUGAUCUGCUUCGUGUCACUGCCGCUUUGCUACAUGGCCGGGAUAAGAAGUGCAUACAGGUGAUUUGGGCGAAAGCGCACAGGGAUGUCACAGAUGCUGCUGGUGCCUUGGACCUCUGGCAGAUUUAUCACAACAACUGUGCAGACCGACAAGCUGGUAGGGACCAAUCCGGACAUGCCAGCCACCUGGCCGGAGAGAAAGCGGUAUUCGUGUACAACCCAAACCCCAAGACCACGUGA